AAGAGCAUGCAACUCUUGAUCUUGGGGUCAUGAGUUUGAGCCCCAUGUUGAGUGUGGAGAUUCACUUAAAAAAGAAAAGAAAAUGAUUUGUUGUAAGGAAUUGGCUUAUGUGAUUGUGGGGGCUGACAAGUCUGAAACUUGGAAGGGCAGGCUAGGCUGGAAACCAUUUUUUUUUUUAACAUUUCAUCUUUUAUUAAGGAAAGUUUGUGAAAAAUACAGGCUGGAAAUUCUUGAGCAAGAAACUCUAUGGCCGGGUGUUGACACUUCCGGGUGGGACCAGUGUGAGGUGGUUGAGCAGGGCCUGGUACCUCUGGUGGCAACCGUGGCAUACAACAGCCUUGCAGUGCCUCCCAUUGUGAUGAGCAUGUUCUGGGGCUUCGUCAGUGUCUGCGUGCCCUGGUUCAUCCCUAAGGGUCCCAACUGGGGAGUUAUCAUCACCACGCUGGUAACCUGUUACAUUUGCUGCUAUCUUUGGCUGGUUGCAAUUCUGGCCCAACUCAACCCUCUCUUUGGACCACAGUUGAAAAAUGAGACCAUCUGGUACCUUAAGUAUCACUGGCCUUGGGGAGGAAGACCUGCUCCCCAGCGCUCAGUUAUCAAAGUCACGAAGAGAAUUCCACUAGAUGCAAAAUUAACUCCAAACCCAGACCACCUUCUUUGGCUCACCUAUUUUGGCCAUCAGCUGCCUCAAGCAUUUCCACUACAUUUGAAUAUCUUAUUCUACAAUACGUUUUUUUUCCUGUCACCUGUUUUACAUUUUGAUGAAUUAUAUGCCUACUUAACCUAAAC